AAAAUCCCAAACGCAUUUAAUUGUUUGGUGAACAUUUCGCAUCGCUUGGUGGCGUCAAUUUGCAUUUUAGGUCUUUUGCUAGCGAUUUAAACACGGCAUCGAGCACGCAGGCACAGAGCAAGUAUACCCGGAUGAACGGCAAGAUGGACCGCCGCAAGAAACGCACCUCCUCGGAGCAAUACCAAAUGUACAUCGACAUGAUGGAGAGCGACCCCAUUUUCGCCACCGGACGAGUGCCGCGCGAUUACGACCUGAACUACUUGACCAAAAAGUGGAAGGAGCUCUCCGACCGGCUAAACAAGUGCAGCUCCGGACCCACACUGACGCCGGAGGAGUGGCGCAAGCGCCUAAACGAUUGGAAGAACACCACCCGCUGCAAGUACAGACGCAGCCUUCUGUCCACGGAAAAGGACAUCUCGAUGACCUCCGUGGAGACGCGCGCACUCGAUCUCUUUGGCAAGGUGCCCACCACCGGCGGCGAAACGAUGAUCAAUCUGAAGUCCGAAAAGGAUGAGCACGACGACGAGAUGGAGGAACUGGGCCAGCGUACUUCGGCGGCAUUUCAAAAGGAACUGCAGGCCGCCGUUGAGGAAGCCAUCAACGAUGAGGUGGACGAGGAGGAGAUGGUGGAAGAACAUGUCGAUCACGAGGACAUGAUGGAGGAGAAUCUAGCGGAGACCGGCAUCACCGCGUCCACAACGGCGGUCAAUACGGGCGGCGGCACCUAUCGCACCAUCGUCGUGGACAACACAUCCUUCGAGCACGUCGAGGAGGAGGCCCAAACGGUGCAGCCGCACGCCGUCGAGUACGUCACAUCCCGCAGACCUGCUGCCGCCGUCAUCAAUCCGGGCACGGCCUCCUCCGGCAAUAAGCUGAUCAACGGCGAGCUGCCCGUCAAGCGGAUGCGCACACAGCCCAGGGAGCAAAUUAUCUACGAAGUUAAAAAUGCGACGCGUUGCAUUUCAAACAUGCAGGCCGUGCCGCCGCUGCACAGUACAAAGCUGGAGCGGGAACCCAGUUCGCUGACAAGCGCGCUGAGCAGCAGCGAUGCCCAGCAGAUCGCGCACCAGCUGAAGCGACUGGCCGACAUCAAAUACGAGACACUGCAGUUUGAGAUUGCGCGCUUCAAGUUCAACAACCCGGGCUUCCAGUACGAUCCGCCGUCCUUAUAGUGUCCCAAGCGGCAGGGCGAGAUCAGUGGGUCUAAGCAAUCGGCAAAAACUCCAG